AGUGAGAGAGAGAGAGAGAGGGAGGAGAAGAGCACAGCAGAGCCCACAGUGCUCCAGUAGCCACCAGCUGAUGAGCAGGACUGUUCUAUUCACUCUGUGCCGCCAAGAGAGUGGGCUGCCACUGACCCCCUCUGGGAGAGGAAAAAUCUGCUUCUGUGCGCUUUGGAGAGAGGGAGCGAAAGAGUUAGAGAGAGAGGGAGAGGGACUCCACCACGGACGAGAGCUGACAGAGAGAGAGAGAGAGAAGGAAAGAGAGAGAGAGGGACACAACCACAGGGUUGUAGCGGACCGGAGCAGCAAAACCACCGCCGACUAAAGCUGGAUUCCCACUCUCUCUCUCUCUGGGUCUUUGGAAACAGUCAAAAACAGUGGACACAGCAGAGGACCAGACAGUUCCUGAAAAGGAGACAAACCUGGACAUUCCUACUGGGACACACACGCAGUCCUGAAACGACUGUUAUUUAUUCCUUUUUGGAAGAAAGAAAGCAAGAAAGUUGGACUUCCCCAUCUCAAGAGUAGUGGUUUGUACCGGUUCUUGGUGGGAUUGCUCCUUGAUUGCUGGUGGGACCAAAUAGACACAGAGAGAGAGAGAGAGAGAGAGAGAGAGCUGGGAGCUGAGCUAGCGGUAGCGUGUGUGGAGGUCUGGAGGCGUAGAAGGGGGGGGGGGGCUGACUAGCGGGCUGACUGACUGGCGGGUGGUGGGAGAGCAGUGGAGAUGAGCUGUGAUGAGCUCUGCCUCGUGCCUAAAGGGAGUGAGAUCAGCUGUUUGUCUGUGUGCAGACCGUGCGGCACGCUCCCAACAACAGCGAGCGCAGCAGCGGCUGGAGCAGAGGGAACGCGACUAGCCCUGAGCGCUAGGCUAGGCUAGCCACCGGCUAGCGAGCGGGUACCUACCUUCUGUGAGUGAAAGGCUAACCGAAACCUGUGGGACUGGAUGUUUUGACCUGCACGUCAGAGACAUUAUUUCACUCAACAAGGUUUCAGAGUCUAUGAACCGAGGACUGUAACUGGACUAAUGUUUUUAAGGAUUUUUUGUUGAAGAAACUGUGAAGGAGCUUGGUGUUUAGCGCUGCUGUGCUAAGGAGCCACAGGUCCUGGUUGUGGCGUUGAAGAGCUUUAGGAGGCUUAGUGGAAGAGCCAAAAUGGCGGCCUUCUGUCUUCUCAAGCAUUGAUGCCACUGCAACUGGCAUGACUACCUGGUGUACCUUGGAUCCAAAAUGCUGGCUGAAGGAGUAAUUGGGAAUGACAUGGAAUGUUGGGAAUUGGUGCUGGAACACCCAAGAGACUGGGAACUUUGACAAAGGGAGUUAUGAUCUUAUAGGAUUCAAGUCCUGGAAAAUCGUGUUCUCUUGUUUGCAUUUGUUCAGCUUCAACUACCAUUUGUAUUCAUUCAUCGCUUGAUUCAUGGACAGAGUGCUGGACAACCGUAGGGCUAGUAGAUUCAGAAUGUGCCUAUUGAACACAUAACAUCUCAUAGAAAGGCCAAUGGAGAGUGUGCGUAGAUGUGCUUGUGUCCAUGUACAGUUGGAACAUUGGGAAACAAUAGGGGUAACCAUGGUAAACAUCUCUCUGUGGUGACCGGGACUGUGUCCAGGACGGCAUUGGGUGUCGCUUUAGAGCUUGGGGCCACAGAGUGUUUCCGAACGUGCAUGCACGUGUUUGUGUGUGUGUGUAUGUGUGUGUGAAUGUGUGUGUGUGUAGGCUAUGUGUGUGUUUGUAUGUGCUGAGGGAUAUUUAGGCACAAACUGAACAGCACCCUGCUAAGUGCUGACCCCUCCUUGGCUGGUCUCUCGUCAGCUGCUGGAGUUCAGGUGGCGACUGUAUGUGUGUGUGUGUGUGUGAGAGAGAGAAAGAAAGAGAGGGUUUUUCGCAGGGUUCAAAAAUAACUUUUUCAAAUGUGUACAUCUACCAGCCAUUGAGAGAGAAAUGGUCAAAUUCAGCAGCCAGUCACUAUUAAAACAUUAACUUGUGUCGGAAACCUACCAGCCACUUUCAUAUUUCACCAGCAGUGGGCUGGUGCUUAUUUUGAGCCCUGUGUGUGUGUGUGUGUGUGUGUGUGUGAGAGGGGGAUGUGGGCGCGUCGACGCUCGACCUCGGGGGUCCCUGCACCCCUUGGGCUCCACUGGUGCUUUGAGUUCCCGGUGGGCGUGGACUGUAGCGGCCCCGAGCCGCGCUGCAUCUGGCUGGCCGUUCUCCGCAGUGGACGGGUCCCCCGGAGGGACAUACUGCACCGCCAGCAGCACCAACACCACUGGGCUAAAGGGCGGAGAGAUGGUAUUUCAUCGGCCAAUGAGAGGGUGCGGCCGCUGUCGGGGGAGGGUGUGGUCUGCCCGGGCCCGAGGACGGUGGUCCUGCAGAAGAACUCGCAAGGCUUCGGCUUCACGCUCCGCCACUUCAUCGUCUACCCACCCGAGUCGGCACUCCACACCACCCUCAAGGAUGAGGAGAAUGGUAAUGGAAAAGGGUGCCAGCGGAAUCGUCUGGAGCCAAUGGACACGAUCUUUGUGAAGAGUGUGAGAGACAAGGGACCAGCGCACCAGGCUGGCCUUUGCACAGGCGACAGACUGGUGAAAGUCAACGGGGAGAGUGUUCUGGGGAAGACUUACUCUCAGGUGAUUGCGCUCAUCCAGAACAGUGACAGUGUGCUGGAGCUCUCGAUCAUGCCCAAAAAUGAGGAUGUGUUGCAGUUGGCGUACUCCGACGACGCGUACCUGAAGGGGAACGAGCCCUACACAGGCGGCGCCGAGAACCUUCCGGAGCCUCCUCCUGUCUGCUACCCGGGACGCAAGUCCUCCUCGGCGGGCCUGCAGCAGGGCCAGCCUCCGAACCACGUCCCGCAGGCGGGUCAGAACCACAGCCAGGUGGACAACCUCAACUGCCGCACCGCUGCUGCUGCUGCUGCUGCUGCUAACGCGCUGGGCUCGCCCCUGGACAACCGCACGGGGGCGGCACCCACUCCCCCCCCUGGGGGAGACGGCGAGGACAUUUCGGUGGGCGCCACGCGGCAUCAGCUCCAAGGCCACGCGUCGCGCGCGCGCUCGUCCUCAACGGCGGGCCUGACCGUCUCGCCGCUGGACUUCCACUUCGCCAACCACAACGCGGCUAUCGCCUCGGCCUCGGCCUCGGCCUCGCUGCCACCCAAGCGCAAGGGCAGCCUGCCGGGCGCACGGAGCGAGGUGUGCCACCGCGCCCUCUCCGACUGGUACUACAACCAGGCGGCCGCCGCCAGCGCCGCAGUGCCCGUCGAGCGCCAGGGGAUGCCCAUGUCGCCACGGCACCGCAGCAUCUCGCAGGACCGGCUGGCUGAGCUCGGCCUUGGCGCUCGGCAACCACCAUGGCCACCAGCAGCACCACCGGCCGCCGGGAGGGGCAGGCUUCGGCGGCCAGUGGCGCACAGCGCCUCCCAGGACACUCUGCUGUUGCAUUAUGGGGCGGCGUUGGGGGGAGGUGGCCGGGGGGGGAUGGGCGGUCAGCAUGGCGGUCAGGACUCGUUCUGGCUCGGGGGUUGGGGCGCGCCGGGCCCCGCGAGCCGCUCGUGCUCGGAGAACCUGCUGGCGGCGUACGAGGCGUACGAGCACACGUACGAGCGCUCGCGGGAGACGCUCGAGCAGGCGUCCGCCCUAGUCUCGCCGCGCUACGAGAGGCCGGCCUGGCCGCCCCACCACCAACAGCACGGCCAGCCAAUGAGGGCCGGCGACAGGACCGGACCGGCCUGUCACAGGACGGCAAUCGCCGCAACGGUCCCUCCUCCGGGCCGAACCGGUCAACCGUACCACCACCACCACCAACAACAACAUCAACAACAACAACAACAGCAGCAGCAGAUGGCGUCAAAAGCGCAGGCCAGACGGCUCCCGGCGGGACAGACGGUGGACGACCAGACGGUCGGUUACCGUAGCUACAGCCCGUCGUUCUGCCGCAAGGCGGGCCACCUCAUGCAGCAGUCGCACUCCUUCCGCGACCCCUCCUACACCGGCCCACACCUCAACUGGACGCCCACGCCCAAAACCAGCCCCCCGGAGGCCGCUGCCGAGCCCUCGUCCACCUCCACGCCCCCGUCGCCCCCGACGACCGCCGACUCCCACGAGUCGACUGCCCGCCGGAGCUCCGGCAGCUCGGGCCAGACGGACGAGGCGUUCGCCGCACCCGCGCUCUCGCCGUCGCCCGGGCCGCAGACGCUGGUCCAGACCCAGGAGGUGGUGCUGCGGCAGAAGCCGCCAGCCGGACGACGGAACGCCCAGGCCAUGCGGCACACUCACUACGCCCUGCCUGUGGACGCCUCGCACGACGCCCUGACCGCCACCUCCCUGGCGCCGGGUCGGGCGGAACCUCAGCGGCGACCCAACGGGAGCGUGGGGCCCCAGCCUACGGAGCCGGACUCCCUGGCAUCCAUCCCCUUCAUAGACGAGCCCACCAGUCCCAGUGUUGACCUGUGCGCCCGGCACGUGCCCGCAUCCUCCGUGGUGUCCAGCGGCCUGCGCCCUGCACCGGUGCCCACCUCCGCGCCCGCGUCUGUGCCCGUACCCGCGCCUGUCCCCACCAACACCACCACCACCAUCACCAGCCCCCCCGCUCCUCCCCUCCCCUCACCCCUCGCCAAGCUCUUCUCCUCCGAAUGCAGCAAUGCCAAGAACAGCCGUCGCUCCUCCUACCUGUUGGCCAUCACCACGGAACGCUCCAAGUCAUGUGACGAGGGACUCAACACCUUCAGGGAGGAGAGUCGCGUCUUCUCGCGACUACCCAAGAGAGUCAAGAGCUUCUUCACCGAUGGGUCUCUGGAGAGCCUGCGGGCGGCGGAGGAGGCUCGCUCCAAGCGGCACUCCACCUCGGAGCUGGGCAGCAUCACGCUGACGGACGUGCGGAAGGAGGGCUGGCUCCACUACAAGCAGAUCCUGACCGAGAAGGGCAAGAAAGUGGGCGGCGGCAUGCGUCCAUGGAAACGCGUCUUCUCCGUGCUGCGCACCCAUUCGCUCUUCCUCUACAAGGACAAGCGGGAGGCGGUCCUACACGGCGCCGGGGCUGGAGGCCACGGCCCCGCCCACGGCGAGGACGAGCAGCCAAUCAGCAUCCGCGGCUGCCUGAUUGACAUCGCCUACAGCGAGACGAAGCGCAAGCACACGCUGCGGCUGACUACGCAGGACUUCUGCGAGUACCUGCUGCAGGCCGAGGACCGUGAGGACAUGCUGGGCUGGAUCCGGGUCAUCCGCGAGAACAGCAAGACCGACAGCGAGGACUUGGGUUUCUCUCGUCAGGCCCUCAUCAAUAAGAAACUCAAUGACUACAGGAAACAGAGUCCGACGGGCAACAAGCCGGACACCUCGCCUCGGGUCCAUCGCAUGAUGCCCCCCUUCCUGCUGCCCAAGACGGACAACACUUCUGGGACCAAUCGCUCCCCCAAAACAGACGGCAAAGAUGAGAGCAGCCCCCCUAAGACCCCCUGGGGCAUCAACCUCAUGAAGAAGGGCAAGAAGACAGGCCCCAAGGCCUUUGGGGUGCGGCUGGAGGACUGCCAGCCUGGCGUUGACAAUAAGUUUGUGCCCCUGAUCGUGGAGGUGUGCUGCAGCCUGGUGGAGUCGAUGGGGCUAGAGUACACGGGCAUCUACAGAGUGCCCGGCAACAACGCCAUGGUGUCCUCCCUGCAGGAGCAGCUCAACAAGGGCCUGGAGAUCAACACCACUGAGGAGAAAUGGCAGGACCUGAACGUCAUCAGCAGCCUUCUCAAGUCCUUCUUCAGGAAGCUUCCGGAACCUCUCUUCACCGACGAUAAGUAUAAUGACUUCAUCGACGCCAACCGGUUGGAGGAGGCAGGAGACCGACUGAAGACCUUGCGCAAGCUGACUCGAGACCUACCUGAUCAUUACUUCCACACCCUGAAGUUUCUAGUGGGCCACUUGAAGACAGUGGCGGAUAAUUCAGAGAAGAAUAAGAUGGAACCGAGGAACUUGGCCCUGGUGUUCGGGCCUACUCUCGUCCGGACGUCUGAGGACAACAUGACCGACAUGGUCACGCACAUGCCCGACCGCUACAAGAUCAUCGAGACUCUCAUUGUGCAUCAUGCCUGGUUCUUCAGUGAUGAUCUAGACAAGGAUGAAAAGACUCCCGAGGACCAAAGGGACCUGCAGCCGAUCCCCAACAUUGACCACCUCCUCCCCAACAUAGGCAGAACCAUACCUCUCUGUGAUGCCUCAGAUUCCACCAACAGUGACUCAGUUAAAUCCAAGGAUUCCCCAGCUUCCAAGAAGGACCUGAGUGCUAAGGACUUCCUUCCCCUGUCAAUCAUCUCCGCCGUCACCCGGAAACGCAAGAAGCACCAAAGCGCCUGUCCCCCCGGCAACAGCACCGACGAGGACUCCGAGCACGAGCCGGUCAAAGCCAGCAACUACGGGGGGAAGAAGAGUGGAGCUGAGGAUGAGGAGGAGGAAGAGGAGGAGGAGGGUGAGGAGGAAGAUGCGGAGGAGGAGGACAGGAAGGGAGGAUGUGCCAUUGUGGGAUCAGAGAGACGAGAGGAUGAAGGGAUAGAGAGAGCAAGAGAGAAGACAGAGGGACAGCAAGGUUCUCAAAGAGGAGGAGGAGGAGAGGAUGAGGAGGAGGAGGGAGAGAGCAAGAGGAAUCAGAGUGUCGGUCAAGAGGAGAGGAAGGGUGGUCAGGUUAGGGCUUCCGCUGCCUGGCAAGGGGAAGGCAACUAUUGCACCAUGACGCCGAGCGGGCAGGUCAGUGCCAAGGAGGAAGGGGAGAGACGCCAGGGCGGGCAGGCCAUGCCCCAAGUGCGCCAUCCCGCGCCACGCAGCUUCCUCUACACACACGCCGCGCGCCACUCGCCCAAAUCCCCGCCGCCGCCCCCACUGUCCCCCGCGGUCGUCUCGCCUCCGACGUCGCCGCUGCGCCCUUCCUCCUCCUCCUUCUCCUCCUCCUCCCUGCUCUCGUCCCCCUCGGCCUCCCUGUCGCCCACCUCCCCCACCGGCCCCGUCGCCGAGGGCGACCCCCUGACCCGGAAGAAGUUGAGGCGAGGCGAGCGGGUGCGGCCCCGCUCCAUGUACUCGGAGUCGAGUCGCGGGGCGGGAUCGGCUGACGAACGCGGUGGCGCCGGGGGCUCCUGCCCGGGAGCGCAGGGGUACGCCGCCUCGACCGCCUCUCCCACAUCUCCCACCGCGCCGGGCUUCGCUCGCCCCCCAGAGAGCCCCCACGCGUCGUCCACGGCCGCUUCCCCGCAGUGCCCCCCCUCUGACUGGACGGAGCAGACCCACGUCGCCCCGUCUGUGCCCGCGGGGCAGGUGUGGAGGCCGGGCCGCGGCGCCAUCUCCCCAGAGACCCGCCGGAGGCGACGGGACUGGCGGCGCCACACGGUGGUGGUCAGCCUGUCGGGGGAAGGCUGAUGACGUCAAGGAGGGUGACGAUGAGCGCCAGGACACUCCACCCCCCCCCCCCCCCCCCCCACCACCACCACCCAAUCGCCACGCUACCAACCACAGCGUGCCAUCCUAGUGCCAAGCGGAGAGUCGGAGGCGCGGGCCGACCCUUAUGCACCCCCAGCCCCUGAGUGACCAGUGGGCCUCGCCUCUCUCCCUCCCUUGCUCUGCUGCCCCUCUGUCUCAGGAAGCGGGUGGCUUCAGUGGCAGCUACAUGAUCUCACGCCAAAGUCAAAGAGAGCCACCAGGAUCCAUUUUGUUUCCCCCAAAAACAAAGCAUAUCAGCAGUAACUUGUUUUCUUACCUGAGUACUCUGAUCAGAGUAAGGAUAAAGGGGAUUGAGGUUGUCUAUAGGGAAACACUACGUGCUAUAUAUAACUACGACAGGACAACGACAGUGACAGUGGUUUAAUAAUGGUUAACAGUGGCUGACCAGUGUUUCUGCCAACAGUGUUGUAGUUUGAACAGUUGAAGGGAGCUGUAUUGAGAGAAGCAGCCCAUAACCCCAUACCCCAAAGAGGUUCCAGAAUGCCACCCAACCCCCCUACCUAUACACUAUGUACACACACACACACAGAGAUGGACAUUUGCAUUUUCUCUUCAGAGCCCAGAAUCAGCUGGGUUUCAAAUAUUGACCUGGAAGUGAAACAGGCCUCGUUGCCAUGUCAACCCUAAUCUCCCUUUAAUGACUUACAAUGUUUGCCCUGUUUGUCUGUGUAGCAUCUGUCUUUGUCCUCUGUGCAUGUACAUAUGUGAGUGAUUAUGUGUGGACCAAUUUUUUGUAACAAUUGUACAAAAGCCUUGCUAAGUUAACCCACCCUGUGUACAUAUGAUACAUAUAAUAUAUUAUAUUAUUUGUUUUUGAGUAUU